AUGAUCCCAGAACUGAUUAAGGUUGAGGAAACUGUGCCAAAUUCUUUUUUAUGGCAGAAUGAUGGAAAUAUAGAGUCAGAUAUUGAUGUUUUUAAUGCUCCUGAUAAAACGCACCUGCUAUUUGGUGUUUUUAAUUUAGAUAGAUACAAUACUGGGCAAUCUAUGGAGAGAUUGAAUGAGGUAUUGCGUUUAAUUAACGCCCAUCUUUCAACUUGGAAUAAUAACUACCCAUGGUCAGAAUAUAACCCCAUUCAAGUAACCAUAGAAUCAUUUGAAACAUUUCCUGGUUGUUUUAUAAAAGGUCAAAUCUGUGUCGAGGAUAAUAUUAUUGAAGAAGAAAAAAUAAUAGUUGCACUGCUACAAGAAAUAUCAAACUUAUUAUCUGUGAAUGAAUUUAUUCGUGUCUGUGACACAACUGGUGACUUCAUUUUAUCAGUGUGUAAUGAGAAUAUCCCAGAGGAAUAUGAAUAUCCUAUUGCCAAUAAUAGGCUUUGGAUACAUGAAGGCAAGUUCAAAAUGAUUCCAUUAUCAUUUUACCCAGAUCGUGGGUUAAAGCCUACAGAAGCAUUAGAGUUUUUAUCAAAGGCUUAUUUUAAAUGCUGCCAAAUUAAGGCUCUCAAUAACCAAAUAGAUGAGUAUUUUAUAAAAAAAUUUCCAGAUAAUAUUUUAUCAAAUAUGGUUUCUAUGCCUUUAUACUUUGAGAAUACUAAUGAUUAUAAAUUAUUUACGAAAAACAAACAGAUUGUAUGCUUUUUAAUAAAAACAUUACUAAUUGAUAAUAUUGUAGAUAUUGACAUAACAUCUUCACCUGUUAGCGAUGAAAUAAUAAAAAGUAAUGUUAUAAUUCCUAAAGAAUUUUCCAAUCUGUUGUCUUUAUUCCUUGAUAAGAAAAAUUUAAAGAAAGAAAAAAGUUCAAUUCCUGUUUACUGCUCAAGAAUAUUAUUAAGAAUUAUUAAAAUGCUCACAUCAAAUAAGGAACUACAAGUUAGAUCAAAUGACACAACAAGUAAUGAUUCAGAGUUUUUCAGCUCAUCAAAGAACAUCUUUGAUACUUACAAGUUCAAAAAGAUAUCCUUGGAAGGUCCUGUCGAGACAGCAGGCACUGUAGAUACAGAGUUAGAAUUCAUGAAUCAGUUUCCUGAUUACCUUAAGGUUGCUACUCAAGAUAUGGAUGAAUUAAAUUUAGAUAAACCAGAGUUGAAUGUAGAUUCUAUUAGUAGCUCGGAUUCACACGAAUCAUCUACACUGGACGAUGAUAUAGAUGCUAGGAAUUACUUCAAAAAAACGAUAUAG